CUUCCGUCUUCCGGGAGCCUCCUCCCUGCCCUCUGUGCUGGCUUGCACAUGCUGUCCUUGCUUCAGUGCUCCCUGCACCCAGGGCUCGGGGAGCUCCGGGGCGCCUGGGCCUGUGGGAUCGCUGCACAGAGCCACCAUGGCCUCUGACGCCGAGAGCUGCCACCGGCCAAGGCUUUGAUGUCGCUGCCCACGGCUGGCCAGAACACUGGGGCUGCAGGAGAGGGGACUCGCUGAGGUUCCCAGUGACCUGACUGCAGAGGAGCGUCAAGAACUGGAGAACAUCCGGCGGAGGAAGCAGGAGCUGCUGGCCGACAUUCAGAGGCUGAAGGAGGAGAUAGCGGAAGUCGCUAAUGAGAUUGAAAGCCUGGGGUCCACAGAGGAGAGGAAAAACAUGCAGAGGAACAAACAGGUAGCCAUGGGCAGGAAGAAAUUUAACAUGGACCCUAAAAAGGGGAUCCAGUUCCUGAUAGAGAACGACCUUCUGAAGAACACCUGCGAGGACAUCGCCCAGUUCCUCUACAAGGGGGAGGGGCUCAACAAGACGGCCAUCGGUGACUACCUGGGGGAGAGAGAUGAGUUCAACAUCCAGGUCCUGCACGCCUUUGUGGAGCUGCAUGAGUUCACCGACCUGAACCUCGUCCAGGCCUUGCGGCAGUUCCUGUGGAGCUUCCGGCUCCCUGGAGAGGCCCAGAAGAUCGACCGGAUGAUGGAGGCCUUUGCCCAGCGGUACUGUCAGUGCAAUACCGGAGUGUUCCAGUCCACAGACACCUGCUACGUCCUGUCCUUUGCCAUCAUCAUGCUGAACACCAGCCUGCACAACCCCAACGUCAAGGACAAGCCCACCGUGGAGCGGUUCAUCGCCAUGAAUCGAGGCAUCAACGACGGGGGCGACCUGCCUGAGGAGCUGCUCCGGAAUCUGUAUGAGAGCAUAAAGAACGAGCCCUUUAAGAUCCCAGAGGACGACGGGAAUGACCUCACUCACACUUUCUUCAACCCAGACCGAGAAGGCUGGCUGCUGAAGCUCGUUCCCGCAGCCUUCCAGUUGUCAUGCCUCAUCACCUUGGGGUGUUUCAUGCAGCUUACCCAUCGCCACCAGGGAUGGCCUCUGUGGUCAGGAACCGCCAGAUGCCGGGCACCUCGUGCCUAUGACCUGCUCCCUCUGGGACCCGAGGCUAUGCCAUGUGGUCUGGCUGUUAACGGUGGCAGGGUAAAGACCUGGAAGAGACGCUGGUUCAUCCUGACUGACAACUGCCUUUACUACUUUGAAUACACCACGGAUAAAGAGCCCCGUGGGAUCAUCCCUUUAGAGAACCUGAGUAUCCGGGAGGUGGAGGACUCCAAAAAGCCAAACUGCUUUGAGCUUUACAUCCCUGACAACAAGGACCAGGUGAUCAAGGCCUGUAAGACGGAGGCCGAUGGGCGCGUGGUGGAAGGGAACCACACCGUGUACCGCAUCUCGGCCCCCACGCCCGAGGAGAAGGAGGAGUGGAUCAAAUGCAUGAAAGCAGCCAUCAGCAGGGACCCUUUCUACGAGAUGCUCGCAGCGAGGAAGAAGAAGGUCUCCUCCACCAAGAGGCACUAGUGCCGCCAGGGCGCCGCCUCGCCACCCGGAAGCUCCAGCCUCCUGCCCACUCCCUGUGGGCGCUGCGGAGCGGGAAGCGCCCUCUGGGCCCGCUCACCUUCUAGAGACUAGCUUCAGCUUUUGCGAUUUUCUUUCGGGGGGGAAGGGUGGAUGGCACUGGGGAGGGACUGGCGCCUGCCACGUGUGGGUCCUCGGCCUCAUCCCAGAGCAGAGCCCACGCCUCUCAGUCCUUCCCCAACACACUUAGGACUGGUGUUACUUCAGAACGGAGGAAAGGAAGCAAAGCCACGAACCAUAAAGACCUAUUUUUUUAACAACACAGUGCUGCAAUCUGCCCUGCCUCGCUGGGCAGCCUGCCUGAGGAGGCCCCCUGUGCUGCUGCGGGCAUCCUCCAGGCAGGGCCGGCCAGCCGCCUUGCUGAGCUUCUAGGAGCCCCUGCCCGGGGGCUCCUCUGGGCAACAGGGCUGAGGCUGCAGCAAGGAGCACUGUGGGCACAGAGUGCACGUGCAGGGAGGCCCUGGGCAGCAGAGCACCAGCCCUAGUGCCUGGGCACCGAGGAGAGGAGAGAGCUGACUGGACCCCGUUGUCCUUCUCCCUAGGGUCUGAGGCUUGCUGGGCUUUAAUAGGAAGUCAGCAUUUUCCUUGAACUAAAUACCUAAUAACCAAAACUGUGAGGAGGUCUUCCCACCAGGUCCUGGGAUGGCCUCACUGCUUCCUGUCUGGUGUUUCUUCCCCCCAAACUCCGCUCCUCGUUCUAGAGGAAGGAGUAGGUCUUACCUGAUCCCUGUGGGCCUUCAGCCUUUUCUGCCUCAAAACUGGCCCCAACUGGACGACUCUGGUGGCUCUGUGGUGGCCUCCAGAGGGGCAGGGCCUUCGUCUGCUCAGCAGGGUGCAGCGGAGUGAGGGACGAGUGUCUCCUCUGCUCCCCUCCCCGGCGCGUGUGAGUGGCCUUGCCCCUCCGGACUCUCGGUGUGAAGGGAGCCAUGAAACGCAGCGUUCUCCUGCCGUUCUCUCAGGGACUCUCAAGGGCAGCUCCGGCCACACGGCCAGGGCCAGCGUGCCAGUCCAGGCAAGCAGGUGGCAGCCACCUCUCUGCUGCCCCCCACGUACUGAGGGCCAGGGUGUGCGGAGCUGCCUCCGGCAGGCAGAAGCAGGGACCUCACGGGGCUGUGGCCUGGGCCCCUGGGCUCCUACAUUCCGUGGGGCUGUUGGCAUCUCUGGAAAUAGCUCGGCGGAAGAGUGGCGGGCGGGUGCGGCGUCCGGCUCCUGCCUGCAGCUCCUUCCUGGAGUGGCUUCAGCACUUCAGUAGGAGCUUGUGAAGGUGACGGUGGCAAAGAGGUCCUGGCUGGAAACCUGAGCUUUCUGGAGAGCCGGGGCAGCGCCGGCCGAAGCGGGCAUGGUCAGGGCCAGCCCUGGCGCCUCCAGCAGGCCAGGCCUCGCACUGGUUCUCACAGAUGUUCCCUGGACAGACAGGCACCUGGGUCAGUAUUAGUCUAUUUAUCAGAGAUGUAAAUAAUCCAUGUAUAGUUUUUCGCCUUUUAGAUUAUUUUGUAUUUGUUUAAAAAAAGUUUUGUCAAAAUAUAAAGGACGACUGAAAGUUGUUGACAGGGUUUUUAAAACAAUAAUUAUUAUUCCAAUUGUUUCUGUUUGUUUUUGCCUUGUAAACUCGCGCCAAGGAACUGCAGCAAAUAAACUCCAAACUGCCCAGA